GGAACCCCACCAAACGGAUUAGCCCAACCCACCCCGGCAACCAGCAGCAGAGGAGCUGAAAAAGACAGCUAGGACAGCGGCGGCCAGCCCAACCACCGGUCGGAGCGGCGGCGAGGGGGGAUCCGCCAUGGUCGGCCUCGUAGGUGGCGCCGCGCGGGGCUGGAGGCUCAGCGACGAGGCGGCCGGUGCUGGAGGAGCGGCGGCGGAGGCGGAGCACAUGCGGCGGCUGCACGGCCACGCGCCCGCCGAGAACCAGUGCACCUCGGCCCUCGUCAAGCACAUCAAGGCCCCCGUGCACCUCGUUUGGUCGCUGGUGCGGAGCUUCGACCAGCCGCAGCGAUACAAGCCGUUCGUCAGCCGCUGCGUGCUGCGGGGCGGCGACCUCGAGAUCGGCAGCGUGCGGGAGGUCAACGUCAAGACCGGCCUGCCGGCCACCACUAGCACCGAGAGGCUCGAGCAGCUGGACGACGACGAGCACAUCCUCAGUGUCAAGUUUGUUGGCGGCGACCACAGGCUCAGGAACUACUCAUCCAUCAUAACUGUCCACCCAGAGAGCAUUGAUGGGAGGCCAGGGACGCUUGUAAUAGAGUCCUUCGUGGUUGAUGUGCCUGACGGCAACACAAAGGAUGAAACCUGCUAUUUCGUUGAGGCCGUGAUCAAGUGCAACCUCACAUCUCUCGCUGAGGUAUCGGAACGGCUAGCGGUUCAGUCACCUACAUCGCCGCUUGAGCAAUAGCAUCCACCCCGGCACGUACGUGUGAAUCAGCAUGAAUAAGAAGAUUCAAAGGCCAGCCAGAAAUUUCCAUCUUUUUCAGAAUGGUAGAUUCUCCAUUUUGUUUUCACAUGUCUUUUGUAAGGAUUAGUAUGUAGGCUAUGUAUUUGUAGUAGGUAGCUAGUGAUGCUUUAGGUCUUAGCAACUGCACCUAAGCUACCUCACGGUUAUGUAUGCAUACGCAGUAUGUAUAUGUAACAGAGAAGCAUAUGGAGUAGUUUUUGCCAUCUUUGGUGCAUUUGAAACAACCUAGUGUUUUCUUUUUCUGCAUUUGCGAUGCCUAUUGUACUAUAUUUUCGGAUGACUUUCCACUAACACUUGGGAUUGGGGAUUUUGACUUGUAGAUUUUGGGAAUGCGCUGUAAUAUAUACAUUGGUGGAAGAGUUCUCAUUCGCUGCUACUGAAAUGGAAGUAAAUGGAUAUUUUUCUUUGCAA